AUGGUUGUAGGCAGCUGUCACAGGUUUGUUGGGAAUCAAAUGUUGAGACCUUAUUACGAUCAGACGUACUUCCUGUUGGAAGAUGGCAGCAAGCCAGAGGAGAUAGAUCAGGUGCUUGAAGAGUUUGGUCUUGAGCAUAGCUUGUAUGCACUCAUCAAUGAAGCCUUCCGUAUCUUGGGAGAAGGGAUGGCUGCCAGCCCAGAGCACAUCGAUGUUAUCUAUCUAUAUGGGUACGGCUGGCCUAGGCACAGAGGCGGGCCCAUGUUCUAUGCUUCCACAGUCGGCUUGCCCAAGGUUCUGGAGAAGCUGGAGAAAUAUUACAGACAGAACCCUGAUAUCCCUCAGCUGGAGCCCAGCGCCUAUCUCAGAAAACUGGCUUCCCAGGGAAACCCUCCUCUGAGAGAGUGGCAGCGCUUGGCAGGGCCCCCGAGCAGUAAACUGUGAUCCAGCCUCCCCGGUUACCUCGUGGCUGGCAUCAGCUGAUUCCCACUGGGUUCCAAUGAAAUUAAAUCCAGAAUUGUAGGUAAGAUUGCUCAGAGAUACAGGGCAAAGGAGUAAUUUGUCAGCUAAUUUUAAGGAAUGUGCUUCCUAUUCCUUUGUAUCUGUCCUCUACCAGUAAAUUCAAGGGUUAAACUUGUGUUAACCAAACACCA